GAUUACUCCUCUGCUCAUACCAUCCUCGCCUUCUCCUCUUUGCCAGUCAUGGCUCCCUCUCAUCCUCUUUCCAUCCUCUCCAUCGAGGAGACCAACCUCGCAAGAGAGAUUGUUCUCGCUCACCACGACAAGGAAGUCAUUGACUUUAGAGAGAUCUUCCUCCAAGAGCCUACUAAGGCAGAGCUUGUCAAGUACCUUCAGCUUGAGCACUCUGGUCGCUUGUCUCCUACAUCUCCCCGACCUGCUCGUCUCGCUAAAUGCCAGUACGAUGUCAUUGGUUCGGACAGAAUUCCUUCCUACCAAGAAUCUGUGGUAGACAUUGGUUCGAAGAAGAGGACCAAGCAUGAAGUUAUCGGCAAGGAACACCAGGCUGCUUUGACCUUGAAAGAAUUUGAGGUUCUUGUCAGUGUCUGCAAGGCUGACCCCAAGUUCAAGCAAGCAAUUGCUGAGCUAAACAUCCCUGACUACUACGAGAUCGUCGUUGAGCCUUGGCCAUACGGUGGUCUUGAUGAGGAGGAUGAGAGCCGUCGCUACUUCCAAGGCCUCAUCUUUGCACAGGACACACGCAACAACAAUGCCGAUUCAAACUUCUACGCUUUCCCCCUACCUUUGAUCCCUGUCCUCGACAUCCACAAGAAGGAAAUUUGCCGCAUUGACAAACUUGCCACCGGAGGAAAGAACGACGCUUUGACAGCAAAGACUCAUGGCGAAAAGAUUCUUGAGCACUGCACUACCGCCGAAUACGUUCCUGAGCUUCUGCCUCAAGGCGUUAGACAGGAUCUCAAGACUCUGAAUGUUCUCCAACCGGAUGGUCCCUCAUUCAAGGUCAGCGAUGAGUCUCUGGUUGAAUGGCAGAAGUGGCGUUUCCGUGUCUCUUUCAACCCUCGUGAGGGUGCCGUUAUCCACGAUGUUCACUACGAUGGAAGAAGUGUCGCCUACAGACUUUCCGUCAGCGAGAUGACUGUCCCCUACGCAGAUGCUCGUCCUCCCUUCCAAAGAAAGCAAGCCUUUGACUUUGGUGAUGGUGGCGCCGGAAAUUGCGCCAACAAUCUUUCUCUCGGAUGUGACUGUCUUGGUGUUAUUAAGUACUUCGACGCUGUCAUUGUCGACGAUGAUGGUAAGGGUAAAGUCCACCCCAACGUCAUCUGCCUGCACGAGCAAGACGAGGGUAUCGGCUGGAAGCACACCAACUGGCGCACUGGGCGCGCAGUCGUAACUCGCAGCCGUGUUUUGGUCGUCCAAUUCAUCAUCACUCUGGCCAACUACGAAUACGUCUUCGCCUACAAGUUUGACCAAUCUGGCGGCAUCGACAUUGAGACUAGAGCAACCGGUAUCGUCAGCUGUGUCAACAUCGACCCCGGCAAGACCAGCAACUACGGCAAUGUCGUCAACCCUGGUGUACUCGCCCAAAACCAUCAACAUAUCUUUGCUUUCCGCAUUGAUCCUGCAAUCGACGGCCACAGCAAUACAGUCAUCACAGAAGAAUCCCACGCUGUACCCAUGAAUCCCAAAACCAACCCUCGCGGAAACUACUACGAAGUCCGCAAAACGCCUGUCGAGAAAGCCACCUGGGCAGAUGCUGAACCCCGUCUCAACCGCGUCUUCAAGAUCGUCAACGAGAACAUCAAAAACCCCAUCUCCGGCAACAGUGUAGGCUACAAGCUGGUACCUCCCGCUACACAGCUUCUCCUCGCAGACCCAGCUUCCGUACAAGCUCAACGUGCUCAAUUCGCUCAACACCACGUCUGGGUUACUAAAUACAAAGAUGACGAACUCUUCGCCGGUGGCCGCUUUACCAUGCAAUCGCGCAAGGAAGUCGACGGUGUUGCAGACGCCGUUGCCCGUGGCGACAACACCAGAGACACUGAUGUGGUUGUAUGGAGUGUAUUCGGUCUCACCCACAACCCUCGCGUUGAAGAUUGGCCAGUCAUGCCUUGCGAAAUCCACCAAGUGCAUUUGCGUCCUACAGAUUUCUUCACCGCUAAUCCCAGUAUCGAUGUGCCGCCGAGCAGCAACAAGGCUAGUGUGGAGGUGCCGAAGAGUUGUUGUCAACCUGCUCAGGGAAAGCUCUAAGUGCCCUUCUUCGAAAAGAGCUUUGAGUUUGGGGAAGAUGUGUGGAGGAAGGAAUGAGAGGUGUAGGUCCCUCGGAUGACUGUAAUGACUUUUGAUAUAGGGAUGUGAGUCUCCCGACAUGUUCAAGAUAUUAAUGACUUCUAGACCUGGAUGCGAGUCUCCAUUGUAACGACUUUAGAUACCAAAUUUGCAACUUUGUUUUUGCCAG